AUGAAAGCUUUGAAGCAGCAUGCCAUUGAGAACAGGUAUGAAUACUGGUAUUUGCACAAUGACAGCAGCAAAAUAACAACACAGUGUAGAAGAAGAUGUAAAUGCAAAUGGAAUAAAAAAAGAACUAGGCUGCCUAUGUGCACAUGUGUUGGGGGGAGUAAAUGCCAUUUUAAGGUUGUGGCUAGGAGGUUUGUGAACCAGGAUUUUUGGCAGAUUAAGAGUCUGCAUUUGAAGCACAAGUGUGUAAGGGUUAGAAGCAAUCUGAAUUUAUCUGUUGAAUUUUUAGCUGAGAAGUACAUUGAGGAGUGGAGAAGUGACCCUAGGUGGAAGCUUAAAAGUUUCAAGAGGAGAGUGUUAGGUGAUUUAGGUAUUGAAAUUAAAUAUUGUAAAGCUUGGAUGGCAAGAGCAAGAGCUAAGCUUAUGAUAUAUGGUUUUGCAGCAGAACAAUAUGCAAGAGUGUGGGACUAUGGGAAGGCUCUCAUGCAGUACAUCCCUGGUACUGAGUGCAAUGUGGUAGUUGAUGGAUUGGAGCAGAUUGAACCACCUCUGUUAUUGAGAAUGUUCAUAUGCCUUGCACCACUUAGGAAAGGAUUCAUGUCUGGUUGUAGACCACUUAUUGGGGUUGAUGGCUACCAUCUGAAAGGUCCCUAUCCUGGUCAGAUUUUGGUUGCAGUUAGUAAGGAUGGCGAUAACAAUAUUUACCCUAUUGCUUGGGCAACAACUGAAAUUGAAAACACAGAAACUUGGGUGUGGUUUCUUGAGAGCUUGAUGAAAGCAUUGAGAGAUGAAGAUCGAGGCCUGGGCUAUACCUUUAUAUCUGAUAGGCAAAAGGGAUCGGUAGAAGCUUUGCACCAAGUGGUUCCUUAUGCAGACACUAGGUUUUGUGUCAGACAUAUUUGGGCAAACUUCAAGUUGCAAUUUAGUGGCUCAACUUUCAAGGAACUCUUCUGGUCUGCAGCAAGGGCUACAACACUGUUUGCCUUUGAGGUUGCAAUGGAGUCAAUUAGGUUCUUGUCUGAAGAAGCAUUUGAAUACCUUUCUGACAUUCCAGCCAAACAUUAG